CCCAGAUCACGGCAGCAUUAACUGAUAGAAAUAAUGGAGACUCCCUAUCAAAAUCACAUAGACAAGGCAGAUUUUGAUUUUGUCUAUGAGGCUGCUGAAGACAGUUUCCUUUUAAUUGAUGCUUUGGAAAAAGAUCUUGGAUAUAUAAAAUCUAAAAACCCUACAUUCUGCUUAGAAGUUGGAUCUGGAAGUGGGGUAGUAAUAACUGCAUUUGGAAUGGCUUUUCCAAAUACUCUAUGCUUCAGCACUGAUAUCAAUUUGAAAGCAUGUCAUAUGUCACGCAGUACUGCAAUUAGAAAUAAUGUGUUAUUUGAUUCUGUUAACAUGGACUUAGUCACUUGCUUUGUUGAUCAAAAGUUUGAUGUAGUAAUUUUUAAUCCACCAUAUGUGGUGACAGAGACAAAUGAAUGUAGGGGUUGUGGUAUUGAAGCAAGUUGGGCAGGAGGUGUUAAGGGAAGAGAAAUAACAGACAGGUUAUUACAUAUGAUACCAAAAAUUCUAACCACAAAUGGCACUGUCUACCUGCUGCUGAUAGAAGAAAACAUUCCAGAUGAAGUUAUACAAAUUAUGUCUAUUUAUGGUUACAAAUCUGAGAUGGUAAUCAUGAGAAGAGUUAGGAAUGAACAACAAAUGGUUUUUAAGUUUUUUAGGUAAGAG